AAUUAAUAACUUCCAAAUGUUUUCCAAUACCUAUCAGAACUACGAUAUCGAUGAGGAGAUGAACUUCUUCAACAAGAACGAACAAAUAAACUUGUACCAACCUGAACCAGCCCAGGACUUCUUCAGCUCUGGUGCUUUGAACUUCAGGGAAAAUGAUACACCAAUUCUUCCUAACAUUUUUGAGGAGAUCUCUCCAAUGAGAAUUCGGGAAAAUUUUCGUGAUGAAGACCUUAUUGCUGCUACUGGUGGUUAUGAGUGCUUGAAAUGUAAAAGCAAAGAGUGCUCUUGCAACAAAUGUGAGAUUCAGAGCAACCUUGAUUUCUCUUUCUCUAAAAGCAUCAAGAUCCAAGCACCUUUGGAGAAAUUUGAUGCUCCUGCCAUUGAUAUUAAACAGCAAAACCAAGAUGGCCUCCAAGACCAAAGUACUGUUGUUAAACAGACCUUGGAGACUGAUACUUGAAAAGAGUCUGAGGAUGACAAAGAGACCUCUAAACAAAUGCCGGUGGUCAAGCCUCAGAAAAAAUCAAAGAGUAGGAAUGACUCUAACCUCUUCUUGGUCAGGAGGGCUUGCUUCAGAGGUUUUAGUGAAUACUUUAAAAACAAAUUUGCAGCUACCAACUACUCUUGGCAACGUAAGAGAGGUAACAAAAAGAAGAAGACUCCAAUGACCAGUCUUAUUAAAGAGUUUGCUGAACAGGAGUUCGGGUCUAUCGUCAAGAGACUUUCAGACGAGGAAUGGAUUAAAUUCCGUACAGAGUUGAUCACAGUCAUGUUUUCUCAUCGAUACAAGAAGAAUGAUGACUUUUUACAAGGCAUCAACUUCUCCAAGAUUAGGAAUGUACUGUAUCACUAUACAACCGAGUCAAGGAAUGAAUUUAUGAGUAAUUCAUACUUCUGCUUCUUCAUUCACCAUUUCUAUGUGAAGAAUGGCAAGGAAUUUUUGGAGACUAAAAUUCAGGAGAAAUCUAAGCUAAACUACUCCUUACUGAAGAUGGAGUUGAAUAUCUUAGACCAAGAAGCUAUGGCUCACUUAUCUAAAUCAUUUCCUUUCUAAUAUCUCCAAAUAAUGAA